GUGCGGUUUUUCCGGAGGCAAAACAGAAUGACACAAUGACACAGUGACACAGAGUGGUAACCAUCCGGGUGACGCAGGAAAUGUUGACAUCUUUUGGCAAGGUGCUGAUCGGAGGGGUGCGGAGGUACAGUGCCAUGGCGGCGGACAGGAGACUAAUCUUCAGACAGUUGUUUGAGCCUGUCAGCUGUACGUACACCUACCUGCUCGCUGAUGCAGAAACCAAAGAAGCCGUCCUGAUCGACCCCGUGCUGGAGACUGCGAACCGGGAUGCGAAGCUGGUCAAAGAUCUUGGCCUGAAAAUGGUCUAUGCAGCUAACACUCACUGCCACGCGGAUCAUAUUACUGGGACGGGGGUUUUGAAGAAGCUUCUUCCGGGGUGUAAGAGCGUCAUCUCUAAGGACAGUGGAGCGGUGGCGGACAUUCACAUACAGGAGGGAGAUCUCAUCAAAUUUGGCAAAUAUUCUCUGGAGGCGCGGGCCACUCCGGGGCACACAGAUGGCUGCCUCACCUAUGUUCUCAAUGAUAAAAGCUUGGCCUUCACCGGUGACGCCCUACUCAUCAGGGGCUGCGGGCGCACAGACUUCCAGCAAGGCUGCCCGAAUACCCUGUACCAUUCUGUCCACAGCAAGAUCUUCUCCCUGCCUGACAGCUGCCACCUCUACCCGGCUCAUGACUACACUGGUCAGACGGUGACAACCGUUGAGGAGGAGAAACGUCUUAACCCUCGACUGACCAAGAGUGAAGCGGAAUUUGUGAAGAUCAUGAAUAACUUGAACCUGCCAAGGCCUAAACAAAUAGACGUCGCAGUGCCAGCAAACCUGAAGUGCGGCAUUCAAGAUGACUGAUGACAUCAUCACCCCAUUGCCUGUCUAAUGGAUUUCUACAUUUUCCUGACUUGUCUUGAAGAAUCUGAAGAUUUUGGUUGCGGAUUAUAUAUAUAUAUUUUUUUAUUGUACAAUGUUGGGCUCUGGUCACAUGAUUGUUUUAAAGCGGCUGUCCCGAAGCGCUGGGAAAUAUCGGAGGGAGGGCAGAAAAUGGGAUUUUUUUCUAACUUGUCCUUAUACUGAAUGUUCUAUGGAUCCGAUGAGUCUUUGUAUAUAUGUGAAUGAUUAUUAUUUUCCAAUAAAAUAUUGAUUAUAUUGAUUAGACAUUGA